AUGGGGAGAGUUGUCAAAGUAAGAGAAAAACAGAUGUCCAAGAGGAAUGUGACAAAGCAGAGCGACUCUGUGAGGGGCAAGCGCCAAGAUGAUGGGCUUUCUGCUGCUGCUCGCAAGCACAGAGACUCAGAGAUCAUGGAGCAGAAGCAGAAAAAGGCAAACGAGGAGGAGGAGGAACCCAAGUAA